AUGGCAGCAUCCGUCCUGUCACCGCAGCCCGUCCCAGACCGUCUGUCGCACAAAUCAUCGGGCCCCAGUAUCCUGGACGAAGUCGAGGCUGCUCAAGAACACCUCCGAAGCCGUCUCGCUGGAGCUCUCGCCAGCCCUCCAUCGAACGCGCCGUCCGAGUCGUUGCCGACCGUCCCUCUCAUUGACAUUGGCCCUUCUUUCUCCGACGACAGCUCGCGGAGGAAGGCCGUAGCUGAGAAAAUUCGCGAUGCGUGCGUGGCCACCGGCUUCUUCCAGAUCAGCAACCACGGCAUCUCGUCCGAGGCCAUGGACGGGGUGUUGAAGCAGGCGUCGAGAUUCUUCCACGAGUUGACGCCGGAGCAGAAGGACAAGCUGCACAUGAGGCACUCGCCGCUGUUCCGCGGGUACGAGCCCCACGACUACACGUACGUAAACGUCGACGACAUGGCGGGCAGUACCCCGGAACAACAACAGCAACAACAACAGCACGAGCCCGAGACGAAGGAAGGAUUCAACUGGGGGUACGAAGAAUCACUCGACCCGACGGGCGGGGAUGGAAAGUACGUCGAACUGGACGGCCAGUCCCCCGCCACGACUGGACAGGGAAACCUGUGGCCGGCCGAGGAGGAUCUCCCGGGCUUCUACGACGCCAUCAAACUCUACUACGGCCAAGUGCUCCAGCUGGCCCGACACCUGUUUCGACUCUUUGCCCUGUCGCUGGGCCUGGACGAAGGGUAUUUCGACCACGUCAUGACCCAUCCCGGCGGGAUUGCCCGGUUGUUGUACUAUGCUGGGCAACCAGUUGUUGCAGACCCUACCACGACAAGCGAAGAAGGCAAGCUCGGGCUAGGCGCACACACCGACUACGAAUGCUUCACGCUGCUCCUGUCGUCGGCCAACCCAGGGCUCGAGAUCCUGUUCCCCCCCUCACCCCUGACAAACGGCCGGCCGGUCUGGCUGCCCUGCCCCGUGCGCCCGGGCACGCUGACUGUCAACGUGGCCGAUUUCCUGAUGCGGUGGACCAAUGGCCUGUACAAGUCGACCAUCCACCGUGUGGUGAGCAAGCCGGGGACCGGGGGGAGGUACUCGGUGCCCUUCUUCUUCAGCAUCAACUACGACGCCGAGGUGGUGCCGCUGCCGGAGAGCAUCGUAGGCGUCAGCACCUGGCAGCCCGUCAAGGCGGGGGAGUAUAUCCUAGAGAGGCUGAGGGCGACCACGGCAUAG